AUGUCAGAGUCACGCUGGGCGCCAGGGCCCCAGCUCAGGGCUCAGUGGACCUGGCUGGUUUCGCGGCUGACAUUUCCCCAGCAUGACCGGCGCUCUGGUGGAGCUUCCACCUCGUCGCAAAAACCCCCGGCUAAUGCGGCUCUCCUGGGCCCCACAGCACAGCCCUGGCAGCUGGAACGUAUCAAACUUCAGGAUGACUUCUUCAAGCUCCACGAUCAGAUUGAAGUUGGUGAAGAUGGCUUUAAGCAGUACGAUGUCAUCAAUGCUCUGGACAUGGACGCCAUGAUGAGUACGAUCUACGCAUGGUUCGAUAACCCGGUGAAGUUUGAAAAAUCUCAUGGCGUUAAUAACACCCUGGACACUGAGAUCAUCCUAAAGUCUGACACGAAGGAGGAGCAGACUCACAUCCUUAUUGUGGAAGGCUUUCUGCUUUACACUUACGAACCUUUGAUUGACGUGCUGAACCAACGUUACUUUAUUUCCAUCCCAUAUGAAGAAUGCAAAAAGAGGAGGUGCUCUAGGAACUACACAGUGCCAGAUCCAUCCGGCCUGUUUGAUGGCCCAUAUAAUUGA